UGAAUACAGUGUGGUGUGUAGUACAAUUGUUCGGGUUCGUAAACACUUUCGAUCGAAUACAUCAUGGCUCUCCGACUUAGUACAAAAACGCCUACACAUGAUCCUCAAGCCACUGAUGAUUUUUUUUCUAGUUCACUUUGCGAAAUGGGUCAGUCCGACGAAGGUCAAUCAGACAUGCGACUAACGUCACGACACGCCAGGCGACUUCCGCAGAUGAUGCUGCAGUCGGCAAAAGAACUGCUCGCAAGAAAUCUGACAAAAGAACUUCACAGGGAAAUUCCC